GGCCAGAGGUGGGUGUGUGUCUCUCAGCUGAUGCGCGUAUCAACCGACUCCAUCAUCAGCAUCCGACGCUGACAGCGGUCGAAGACAGCGUCCCCAAUAUUACCGACCCACGGUAACAACGCAGAAUAAUUCAGAGCCCGACCGGGACUGAGGUUGCUGGUCUUCUGACAAUAUUAUUUAUUGAGGCUGCCAUCUUACAAACCGCCGAGCUGCAAAACAUGUGUGUGCCCCCACUACCUGCAUUAGGUUGUGAUGACCCACACUACUUCCAAAUGUAUCUGUGACCCUCCCCAAUCCUGACUCCUAACCUCUAAUCCCUGACCUUUGACCCCCACUAUGGGCAGUGUUGGCAGUGGGGUGGCAGGAGAGCAGGAGUUUGCCAUGAAGUCUGUGGGUACGAGGACCACCCUGCCAAGAGCCCCUCCUCUCUCUCGCCGUUGCCCUGCCGACCGCAGCUGCAGCGCAGAGCGACUGCCCCGUCCACCGGCGACUAUAUCUGACGGGACGGCUUCUAGUGAUGAACGAGGGAGUGUUAGUGUUGGGACUGGGACCUGUACCGGGACUGACCGGCCCACCGAAACAGCCUCCUCCACCAACACUGAGUGUACCAUGGCGGCCCCGUCCAACAACAACCAGUUGGAGUGUGGCAACGGAGCAGGCAGGCGGGAGAGGGAGUGGGAGAGGGAAAGGGAGAGGCAGCGUGAGAGGGGGAGAGACAGGGACCGGGACCGAGACUGGGACAGAGAGCGGUUAGACAGGGAGCGCGAGAGGGAGAGGAACCGGGAGAGGGAGCGGGAUCGAGUGGAGAGGGAGAGGCUGGAG